AUCUUGCCCAGCACUUCUUCUCCGUCAUGUUUCCGGAUUGGUUUUUCGAUGAUCGUGUUGUAUGAUCACAACUACGACUCUUCGGACCAAAACUGUCACGAUUUGUCCCUUUCCUUACGCCCUCUUUCGACCCUUUUGACCGCCUUUAGCACCUUCGAGCCUCGAUCUCUUCUGCUUUGGGGUCUCUACUCACGUCCAUUCUUUCACGGCCUAUUUUCUCAAGCAUUUACAAGCCUACCUAGAGAAUGUUAUAGGAUACCAAAGCAUCAUAUUGCAUAUUUCGGAGUUUCAUACGACGGUUUGGGCUUUGGCAAGUCCGUGCUGGCCACGUUACUCGCCUUUGAAGAAUUCAUCUCAAUCAUUGGUUUUGCUUGCUCUCUUUACGCAUCGGACUUGGGUUUCCAGUCGCAAACUCCUGUCAUCACAAUCCAACCUCAAUGCAGUCCAUCAACCACUGAAUGACUCUUUUACGGCCACAACAAAGCCAUGACGACCGCCCACGCCAGAAAAUGCUUCUCUCCAGUCGAGCAAGUCCUCCCAAGCCGCUAAAGGUCGUGGAAUCCGACCGGUAUCUCUCGAUCAAAAGCCUACUCCCUCAAACACCCAUCCCAUCGCCCUCAUUACCGUCCAUCCUUCCACGCCACGGCAAGAAACCGCCCAAGCUUAACUCACGAAAGAUAGUUCGGGGGAUCAUAUACCUCUCCAUCGUUAUCGGCUUGUACUACCUUCUUGCCCCCAGCAAACGGAAAAUCCGGAACCUUGCAGACGUAACCUUUCUGUCGUCCUUGGGUAAGACUUACGAGAUCGUGGAGGCUGCCGAACUGCCCGACCAUCCGACACCACUGGCCCUGACGGACAGUCAGGGUAAGCAUCACUGGACGAUCUGGAUACCGCAAAAACACGGAUUCCCUCUGCACGGUACCGACUAUGCGGACAUAUGUUCACAGGUCGAAGAGGUCGCCAGACAUGUCGCUGGUCGGCCCCAAUCCGAAGACAGCGUCGAUGAGUACCACGAUGCUGAUCCGCAUUACAUCGAUGUUGCAGAAGCCGAAGCCAGGCAUUUCCUGCCGGAGCAGAUCGCAUCGAGCCCCUUGCCGGGUGAGCAACGAUUACCCAUCUGUCAGAAAAGCCUGACAUAUGUACUGGACGCGACAGAUGCGGGCCUAGGCUCGGCACUGUUGGGGAUGUGGGUGUCGUACAGUCUAGCGCAGCGAGAGGGGCGGGCUUUCUUUAUCGACGACACGAACUUUCCCUACGGGAACUAUAGUACUUUCUUCACGUCGAGACCUAGGGCAACGUGCAGACCGCCACCUACGAGUCAGCGCGUACCGUGUCCCCAUCAGGCGAAGCACUUGGUUGUAUCGGCGGCAACAUCGACGUGGACUUUCGGAGCGGCAUUUCAUCGUACCUACACGGAGAGAGAGGUCUUUGAUAUGGCGAGGCAGGGGUACGAUGCGUUGUUCAGGCUCAACAGAGAGGAUGACGAGUACGUGUCAAGCCUGGCGAGAAAGUUGCGUCAGGGCGAGCAUGGCAGCGAAGAGAAUGGACUUGUGGGGAUACAUAUUCGACGAGGCGAUUGCCAUCCGUUCGAAUUUGCCUAUCAGAGGGGUUAUCUGCCGCCCGAGAGGUAUAUGGAUAGCGCCAGAAGUUUGGUCGGUCAGGCGUUGGAAGAACGCUGGAAAGUGCUUCUUGCGAGUGAUGAUGCCGAUAUGUUUGACCACGUCGAGUUGAGCGGAGCGAUGAGGGCACAGACGCGUAUUUCGUUGGCGAGUAAGAAGCAGCUUGCGAGUGGAGGGUUAGGGUGGGAAGGAGGGUUCUUCAAGGACGUCUUCUGGGGGCUGGGGCUGCCUGAGCAUGUAAAGGAACAAAAGAGGGCAGGCAGUCCGAGACCGACGAAGGCUAGGCCAGAUGAAGGGAGCGAGAUCGGGAAAGGGAACGGGGUCAUUCAGGGACAUGACAGGAAUUACAGGACGAGUCCGACCAGCGAAGCAUUGCAGCUUAGAGAGUUGCUAGGACGGGCAUACCUACUUGAUCUGGCCAUGCUGGCAAGGAGUGACAAAGUGGUCUGCGGAGUGUCGAGUAAUGCGUGCAGAAUAUUGGCUGUUAUGCUGGGCUGGGAAAGGGCAUUUGAAAAUGAAGACUGGAAGAACGUCGAUGGGAAUUAUGGAUGGAGGUUCCUCGACUAUUAAGAGGCGAUCUAGGACUGUGAGGGAGUCUCGAUCCAUUGAAGCCCUGAUGGAGAAGAAGAUCUUGCAAGGAACAUAAUCGACUCAGUGGUUAUGUUCACCGCAGUCACAAACACACCUGCUCAAUGUGAUAUCCCAUGACAG